ACCAAAAUUUCUUUCCACAGACUUGAUAAAAUGUCUCUCCUCUCACCGUGGAUCAAAGCUAUUUUCAUCAUUGCCUUGGUGUUUCCUCUUUAUUCUGAGACAUCUUUCGGACCUCCGACUACAACCGAGCCUACGAUGGUGGACUGUACACAAUUUCCAUCUGAGAAUAAGUACUGCACCAGAGAAUGGGAUCCAGUCUGUGCAAGCAAUGGAAGAACUUAUAGCAACCCAUGUGUUUUCUGCAGGGGAAGAGGGGCUCAUAUAUAUUUUUCACAUUUUGGUUCUUGUUGAAUAUUGAUCGAACAGCCCUUCAAUGAAUGCGUCAUCACAUUUUGUGGUAUAGUCCACAGACAAUUAGAAUAUUCUCGAUCAGAGCCUGAAAUUCAUAGAUGGCCAGGUACAUCCUAUGAACAGAAGACAAAAUAUAGGGAAUUUGAAAAUUUUAUUCCAACUCAA